AUGAAGUACCUCACCACCAUCUUUGCUCUUAUGAGCCUCACUACCCUCGCCAUGGCCGCUCCUGCUGAGCCCGCUCACAACUCUCAACUCAUCGCUCGCGAGACCCAGCCUUGGGCGCCAGGCUCCUACUGCGGCAAGUGCGUCCUCCAAGAGGGUGGCCAAUUGCGCGAGUUGCGCACCUCCGUCCCCGUGAACAAGUGCAACACCCUCGCCGAGGACGAGCACUACAGCAGCUGCACCAACCAGUACUGCGGUGUCUGUGUGGUCUUCAAGAACAAUGAUUGCCAGGGCGACGUGGUCCAUUCGGGCGGCCCAGGUGCAGGCUCCUUCGAUGCCAAGAGCGCUCGAUCUUACUACUGCAUGUAA